AUGGUCGGCCACAACACCGAGAGGACGAGGGCAGCACAGCGUAUGACAACCUGCUCCUCUCUUCCCCUCGCCUCCCUUUCCCUUGUCUCCCAGGUCCUCGCCCCCAAGUCUCCGGUCCUCCACCUCAAUGAUCGACCCAGCCUUGCCAACGCCAAGCGCGAGGGCAUGAAGGACUCGGCAAACCUUCCCUCCCCCGAGAGUUCACCAGACGCCACGUGCAGGGGAAGGAGCGCUCCAUCGAGUUGCGUUUUCUUGAUUCCUCACAUCCUCGCCAUCCCGCCCCCCAGCCAGUCGGAGGCCACACCCGGCAGGCCACCCCUUUUUCAGGGACCAGCGAGUCAACUGGACGCAAGAGCGGUGCUUCCCUGCACCGGCCGGUGUCCCAAGUCUGAGCGUCUACAGAUCUUUAUGCCUCAGGGUGGCAUGCACCAAUAGCGGCCGC